AAUGACGAAAUAAAACAUUAACUUUCUCUUUUCCUGUGAAGCAAGUAUCCAUGAGAAAGGUUGGUGCGUUAUGAAAAAGAAACAAACUCUGGUGCUUUACUUCAGCCCCUAAGGGUGGGUCCCUAUAGUCGAUCAAACGAAGCUAUAAAAUGACACAAUAUGAAAGCAUCAAUUUAAUUUAUUGUCGAUGAACAUAAAAUGAACACAACAAGGAAGAGGAAGGCCGAAGGGCUGCAGCCGCAGGGUAUUGCCAAUUUUUGCGGCUCCGCAGCUCUCAUUUUUGCUGCCGCUAUUUUUUGCGGCUCUGGUACCCAGGGUAACAUGAAUAAUACUUUUUUGGAGAUUUUAAAAUAACGCUGCUAAUCCUGCAAGGAAGUAAAAGCUAGUUAGAUUGACACCUAUAUUCUUAGUUCUCUUGGUAUAGCCAACAAAGCAUUUAUGCUAGAUUUUCGAUUCAGAGAAUUACCAAUCAACCCUAUUAUAUGAGGAGGGCCAUUGUUUUGUAAAUCUCAAGAAUGAGUCAGAAUGCUAUACUUAUCAACCCCAAUCGAUGUCUUCCAGCAUCCAUCUCUUACGCAAUAACGAUUACGCGAACUCGCAAGCGGAAAGCACACAUGCGGAAUACCGUGCUACCGUUUUUGUUGCGUUCGGGUCUCCAAAAACAGCCCUCACUUCGCUUGGUUUUUUCUCUUUCUUUUUUUACGUAUAAAGAUGUGUUACAUCUGGAGUUUUUUAUAAAAACUUUGCAGAAUUGAAGCUGCAUUUCUUGAGCCCGUUUUUUAGGUUACAUCCUACAUUAAAAUUGAUUUGUUCUAGUUAUGUUAAAUAGAAUGUUUUGCGGCUUGUUAGACAAGAUGAAACAUUUUCACGACAACAGAGCUCAGGCUCUACCUAUUAAAAUAAUAACUGUUUGGAAUGUCUGGUAACGCAAGCAACUUCAUUCUGAUUGGUUGCCUAUUUAUAGAUGUGAAGUUAGCUAGCUUUACCCGUUUAUUCUUUCUAUGGGUGUUUCAUUAAGUUUCAGGCAUCUUGCAGAGGGGGCGAUAAAUAAUCAGCGAUGAAGUCUCAUUCUGGAGACAUGUUAUUAGCUGAAUUGUUUUUAAUUUUCAGGAAUAGAAGUUGAUAUUCAUGGAAUUGUACAGAGUUAGUAAAAUCAGCGCAUUUACUUGCUACAGCCACAAACGUCGGUAAUCAAAUAUUUAUGUACGACUUAUAGAAAGACUGGAUUAUUAAGUGACGUCAUAAUAGUGUUUACACAUGAUUGAUGCCGCAAAAUUAUGCUUUCCUUACGAGUCGUACAAGCCAAAGGUCAGUGUUGAAUAUUGACCGAUUUCUCAAAUCAAAGUCUAUGAUUUCAAAGUUGUUUAUUGCAGGUUGUGGUUUCAAAGGAUUAGUCGAUGAACAGCUUGUCUGCAUAAGUUUUUAUAUGACCGUGUUCGGCGAUUAAUAAUCAAUAAAUUUGAUGCAAUAUAAUUUCUUAUCUAAUGUCUUCCGUAAAACGCAAUCUUAUAGCAGUGGCGAACAGUGAGUUUUCAUCGAGAGCUGUUCUUAUACUUUUUUGGCAUUAAGCAGACGCAAUGAAGGAAACUUCAGAGUUUUACCAAACAUUUAAGACUGGAAACCUGCUAGGAGAGGGAAACUUUUCCUCUGUGCGAGAAUGCAUUCUAAAAAAAGGAGAAGGAAUCAAGUAUGCAGUGAAGAUGGUGAAGUUGUCAGGAAGCAAAGAAAAGAAAGAGGACAUUAAGUCGAUGAUGCAAGGCGAGGUGAGCGUGAUGCAAAAAUUGGAUUGCAAAAACAUUAUCAAAUGCAUCGAUGCUUUUUUUGGUACAAAUGAGAUCUUAGUCGUCCUGGAGUUUACAUCGGACGGAGAUCUGUACGAUUACAUAAUAAAUACACAGGAAGUAGACGAAGACAAGUCACGAUUUGUCAUGUACGAUAUUGUCAGCGCAGUGAACUAUUUACAUUCGAAGAAAAUUGUUCAUAGAGACAUCAAGCCAGAGAACUUUUUAAUUUUCCCCACAAAUGAAGGGAGUAAAAAAAUUGUUAAAUUAUGCGACUUUGGUUUGGCUGUUGACGCAAGACAGAUUCUGACUGAGGUCUGUGGAUCGCCUAGUUACGUUGCUCCUGAAGUUUUGAGAAUGCAGAAUUAUGGCCUUCCUGUGGACAUCUGGUCUUGUGGCAUUGUUCUUUAUAUCUUGCUAUGCCAUUUCCCACCAUUUUACGGCGAGAGCACAAAAAAGUUGUUUUCAAAAAUAAUGCGAGGAAAUUAUGAUUUUCCAUCUCCUUACUGGGAUGAUAUUUCCGAAAAUGCAAAGGAUCUCAUAACAAGGAUGCUCGUUGUCAAGGAUGAUAGGAGAAUAAAAUCUGAGGAAGUUGUACGACACCCCUGGUUCAACGAGGAAAAGGUGUCGAUAGAGGAUGGAGAGGCAGAAACGGAACGCAAAGCAUCAUCGAUGAGCUUAAGGGGCGUGGCAAUUGCAGUCAGAUGCAUGCAAAGGUUCGCUGAGCCAGUGCGAAAACCUGCCAGGGAACAGGCAAUACUUUCAGUAUCGUUUGUCAAAAGUUGUGAAUUGGAAAAGUAAAUUCUUUAGAAAUGGAUAUUAUUUUGUUAAUGAAUGAGGAAUUGUAUGAUACUAAAUAAUAAGCGAAACAAG